AUGUAUGGAUAUGGCACUUUUCUGGAACUAUCGAACAAGGCUGAUACCCUAAUUCAACUUGUAACACAUUUUAAUGAUUACUCGGAAUACAGUUAUGAAGAUGGUCACCUACAAGAGAUAAUUUCAAAAUUUUACAAUUUAAAAACAUUAAAAAUUUAUCCUUCUUGUUAUGGUCCAUUUGAUUAUAAAUAUCAUAACCUUGAGGUGCUUCAAAUAGGUUAUAUUUUGAUUGACACAAUUACCUGUAUAAUUAAGAGCAGCGGAGGUCGUCUCAGGAAAAUUUUAAUCAAUGAAUAUGAUAUUUAUGAGGACAAGUUUUAUGAAAACACUCUAAUCCUUAUUCGGACAAUUUAUGAGAAUUGUCCUCUAGUUGAAUAUUUGUCCCUCAUAUUUUCACCAUCAAAUCAACAUUUUUCCGAAUUUGAAAUAUUAUUACAAACUUGUCAAAGAUUAAAAGUGUUAUUAUUAGAAACCGAAAGUUUAUGUGCAAAAAAGAGGUUUAUGUCUGGGGAAAAAUUAUCACAUGCAUUGGUUAGGUCUGCACCAAAAAGUCUGAGAGAAAUUGGAAUUUUUUAUCAAUUUAAAUUUUCACCUAAAACUCUAGAGGAAUUUUCAGAGGGUUGGAAAGGUCGACCUGCAAUUACUAUCCUUGCACCAGAUCAUGAUUAUAAAGAAGAAAAAUAUACGAAAAUUAUUGAUAAAUAUAAGGUUGAUGGUGUGAUUAAGAAUUUCUUGUGUGGGUUUUUAAUAGAUUUUAUUUUCGAUUAUUGA